GAUUCCAUAGAGUAAGGGCUCAGUCCUACAAGAUUACCGCCGUGUGCCCCACCAUAAUCCCCUUCUGAGGACAAUCCAAGUUCAGUGAAGCGUGAUAAACAGUUAACAAGGUAUAUGAGACAUCAGUGAACACCACAGUGUAUUUUUCACAAAGCCAACACUUCUGUAACUUGAUCCAGGGAAUCAUUUAAUACUUCACAUUACAACAAAAUGUGAGAGUUCCUGCCAACCUGUGAGAAUUUCUUUCUUCAACAUUUUCUAUUUACUGCACAACUUUCUCAGUUCUUUUUUGAUGCCAUGUUUUGUGGCUUGCAUCAAAAGAGGAGUUUGUCUUCAUGAAGAUUCCUAACAUUGGUAAUGUGAUGAAUAAAUUUGAGAUCCUUGGGGUUGUAGGUGAAGGAGCCUAUGGAGUUGUGCUUAAAUGCAGACACAAGGAAACACAUGAAAUUGUGGCAAUCAAGAAAUUCAAGGACAGUGAAGAAAAUGAAGAAGUCAAGGAAACGACUUUACGAGAGCUUAAAAUGCUGCGUACUCUCAAGCAGGAAAACAUCGUGGAGCUGAAGGAAGCCUUUCGCCGGAGGGGGAAAUUGUACUUGGUGUUUGAAUAUGUUGAAAAGAAUAUGCUUGAACUGCUGGAAGAAAUGCCAAAUGGAGUUCCACCUGAAAAAGUUAAAAGUUAUAUCUAUCAGCUAAUCAAAGCUAUUCACUGGUGCCAUAAGAAUGAUAUUGUACAUAGAGAUAUCAAGCCAGAAAAUCUCUUAAUCAGCCACAAUGAUGUUUUGAAACUGUGUGAUUUUGGUUUUGCUCGGAAUCUAUCAGAAGGCAAUAAUGCUAAUUAUACAGAAUAUGUGGCCACCAGGUGGUAUCGGUCUCCAGAACUCUUACUUGGAGCUCCUUAUGGAAAGUCCGUAGAUAUGUGGUCAGUGGGCUGUAUUCUUGGGGAGCUCAGUGAUGGACAGCCUUUAUUUCCUGGAGAAAGUGAAAUCGACCAACUUUUUACUAUUCAGAAGGUGCUAGGACCACUUCCAUCUGAGCAGAUGAAGCUCUUCUACAGUAAUCCUCGAUUCCAUGGGCUCCGGUUUCCAGCUGUUAACCAUCCUCAGACAUUGGAGAGAAGAUACCUUGGAAUUUUAAAUAGCGUCUUACUUGACUUAAUGAAGAAUUUACUGAAGUUGGACCCAGCUGACAGAUACCUGACAGAACAGUGUUUGAAUCACCCUACAUUUCAAACCCAGAGGCUUUUGGAUCGCUCCCCUUCAAGGUCAGCAAAAAGAAAACCUUACCACGUGGAAAGCAGCACUUUGUCUAAUAGAAAUCAAGCCAGUAAAAGUACUGCUUUGCAGUCUCACCACAGAUCCAACAGCAAGGAUAUCCAGAACCUAAGUGUGGGUCUGCCCCGGGCUGACGAAGGCCUUCCCGCCAAUGAAACUUUCCUAAACGGAAAUCUUGCUGGAGCUACUCUUAGUCCCAUGCAUACCAAAACCUAUCAAGGAAGCAGCCAACCUGGGUCUACCAGCAAAGAUCUUACCAACAACAAUAUACCACAUCUUCUCAGCCCAAAAGAAGCUAAGUCAAAGACAGAGUUUGAUUUUAAUAUUGACCCGAAGCCUUCGGAAGGCCCAGGCACAAAGUACCUCAAGUCAAGCAGCAGAUCUCAGCAGAACCGGCACUCAUUUAUGGAAAGCUCUCAGAGCAAAGCCGGGACGCUGCAGCCCAGUGAAAAACAGAGCCGGCAUAGCUACAUUGACACUAUUCCCCAGUCCUCUAGGAGUCCCUCCUACAGGACCAAGGCCAAAAGCCACGGGGCUUUGAGUGACUCCAAGUCUGUGAGCAACCUUUCUGAAGCCAGGGCCCAAAUUGCAGAGUCUAGUACCAGUAGGUACUUCCCAUCCAGCUGCUUGGACUUGAACUCUCCCACCAGCCCGACCCCCACCAGGCACAGCGACACGAGAACUUUGCUGAGCCCCUCGGGGAGAAAUAAUCGAAGUGAGGGCACUCUUGACUCCCGCCGAACCACAACCAGGCAUUCUAAAACGAUGGAGGAAUUAAAGCUGCCAGAGCACAUGGACAGCAGCCAUUCCCAUUCUCUGUCCGCACCUCAUGAAUCUUUUUCUUAUGGGCUGGGUUACACUAGCCCCUUUUCCUCCCAGCAGCGUCCACACAGGCAUUCCAUGUACGUGACCCGGGACAAAGUGAGAGCCAAAGGCUUGGACGGAAACUUGAGCGUAGGGCAAGGAAUGGCGGCCAGGGCCAACAGCCUGCAGCUCUUAUCACCUCAGCCUGGAGAACAGCUCCCUCCAGAGAUGACUGUGGCUCGAUCUUCCGUUAAAGAAUCCUCCAGAGAAGGCACCUCUUCAUUCCACGCAAGGCAGAAGUCUGAGGGUGGAGCAUAUCAUGACCCCCACUCUGAUGAUGGCACCGCCCCCAAAGAAAAUAGACACCUGUACAAUGAUCCUGUUCCGAGGAGAGUUGGCAGUUUCUACCGAGUGCCAUCUCCUCGUCCAGACAAUUCUUUCCAUGAAAAUAAUGUAUCAACCAGAGUGUCUUCCCUACCAUCAGAGAGUAGUUCUGGAACUAACCACUCAAAAAGACAACCAGCAUUCGAUCCAUGGAAAAGUCCUGAAAACAUUAGUCAUUCUGAACAACUCAAGGAAAAGGAAAAACAAGGUUUUUUCAGGUCAAUGAAAAAGAAAAAGAAGAAAUCUCAAACAACAGAUUCCACCAACGGGGAGAAUCCAAGCAUCAAGAAAUCCCUCUUUCCUCUUUUUAAUUCAAAGAAUCAUUUAAAGCAUAGUUCUUCUUUGAAAAAGCUUCCUGUAGUCACUCCACCCAUGGUACCCAAUCCUGAUGGCCCUGAUCUUCUGACACUACAGAAAGCCAUUCACUCUGCUAGCACCCCGGGCAGCAGACCAAAGGAGUGGCGUCCUGACAAGAUCUCUGAUUUACAGACCCAAAGCCAGCCGUUAAAAUCACUGCGCAAGCUGUUACAUCUCUCUUCAGCCUCAAAUCACCCGGCUUCCUCAGACCCCCGCUUCCAGCCCUUAACAACUCAACAAGCCAAAAAUUCCUUCUCAGAAAUUCGGAUCCACCCCCUGAGCCAGGCCUCUGGCGGGAGCAGUAACAUCCGGCAGGAGCCCACACCCAAGGGCCGGCCAGCCCUCCAGCUGCCAGGUCAGAUGGACCCUGGUUGGCACGUGUCCUCUGUGAGCCGGAGUGCCACAGAGGGGCCCUCCUACUCUGAACAGCUGGGUGCCAAGAGUGGGCCAAACGGGCACCCUUAUAACAGAACAAAUCGGUCUCGAAUGCCAAAUCUGAAUGAUUUAAAAGAGACAGCCUUGUAGUGUGC